AUGGUGCUACUGUACGAGUGGACUGUACCCUCUAAUGGUGCUACUGUACCCUAUAAUGGUACUACUGUACCCUCUAAUGGUACUAUUGUACCCUAUAAUGGUGCUACUGUACCCUAUAAUGGUACUACUGCACCCUCUAAUGGUCCUACUGUACCCUCUAAUGGUACUACUGUACCCUCUAAUGGUACUAUUGUACCCUCUAAUGGUGCUACUUACGCUUUCCCCUCUAAUGGUGCUACUGUACCCUCUAAUGGUACUACUGUACCCUCUAAUGGUGCUACUGUACGCUCUAAUGGUACUACUGUACCCUAUAAUGGUGCUACUGUACCCUAUAAUGGUACUACUGUACCCUCUAAUGGUCCUACUGUACCCUCUAAUGGUGCUACUGUACCCUCUAAUGGUACUACUGUACCCUCUAAUGGUCCUACUGUACCCUCUAAUGGUACUACUGCACCCUCUAAUGGUACUACUGUACCCUCUAAUGGUACUACUGUACCCUCUAAUGGUGCUACUGUACCCUCUAAUGGUACUACUGUACCCUCUAAUGGUACUACUGUACCCUCUAAUGGUGCUACUGUACCCUCUAAUGGUACUACUGCACCCUCUAAUGGUACUACUGUACCCUCUAAUGGUCCUACUGUACCCUCUAAUGGUGCUACUGUACCCUCUAAUGGUACUACUGUACCCUCUAAUGGUGCUACUGUACCCUCUAAUGGUGCUACUGUACCCUCUAAUGGUCCUACUGUAACCUCUAAUGGUACUACUGUACCCUCUAAUGGUACUACUGUACCCUCUAAUGGUGCUACUGUACCCUCUAAUGGUCCUACUGUAACCUCUAAUGGUACUACUGUACCCUCUAAUGAUACUACUGUACCCUCUAAUGGUACUACUGUACCCUCUAAUGGUACUCUUUCCCCUCUAUUGGUCUCCUGUACGCUCUAA